AUGGGUUUCUUGGAGGACCGGGACCUGACCAAUGUACCAACAAUCUACGAGUAUUAUAAGGGCAAGACCAUCUUCAUAACCGGUGGCUCAGGUUUUAUGGGCAAGGUUCUAGUAGAGAAACUGUUAUAUUCUUGCUCUGGAUUGGACAGAAUCUAUUUACUGUUGAGAAAUAAAAAAGGCGUGAAUGCUGAAGAUAGACUGGAAGCUUUGUAUUCUUCGAAGUGUUUCGAUCGGCUGAGGAAGGAGAAACCAGACAUAUUUCAGAAGAAAGUUUUUUUUAUUGCCGGAGAUUGCAGCGAAAUCGGGUUGGGUAUUUGUGCAGAAGAUCGCACCCUUAUAGUAAAUAGAACGAACAUAAUUUUCCACGUUGCUGCAAGCGUUAGAUUUGAUGAAUCGUUAAAAACUGCGGCCAGGUUGAAUCUUCGAGGGACAAGGGAGAUGGUUGAACUUGCUAAAGAAGUUAGAAACUUGGAAGUGCUAGUGCAUGUAUCCACAUCGUACGCUAACACAAAUAGAAAAUGUAUCGACGAGGUCAUUUACCCAGCUUUUGCAGACUGGAGAGACACCCUGGAUAUAUGUGAGAACAUCGAUGAUUAUACGCUAAAUGCUGUCACACCUAAAUAUCUAGGAGAGCUCCCGAAUACUUACGUAUUUACAAAGCAGCUGGCUGAACAUGUUAUGGCGGAGCAGAAAGGCAUAUUGCCGAUCGUCAUUAUGAGGCCAUCUAUUGUGGUAUCAAGUGUAAAUGAACCAUUAACAGGAUGGAUAGAGAAUUUAAAUGGACCAGUCGGAAUCAUGAUAGCUAGUGGAAAAGGAAUUCUCAGGAUAGUGUAUACCGAUCCGGAAUUAGCAGCAGAUUAUGUACCAGUCGAUGUUUGUAUUAAGGCUUUUAUAACCGCUGCAUGGGCGAGAGGAACCCAAAAAAUAAAACCAACAGAUGACAUAGAUGUGUACAACUGCUCCAUGAGUCACAUGAAAACCUUGACAAUGAAGGAAAUUUCGGUUUACGGCAAGAAAAUCUUGCGCGAAGUACCCAUCGAGGGUAUGCUGUGGUCUGUCGGUGGUGCUCAGACCUUGUCCAGGCUUGAAUACUGUACAAAGGUGCUACUAUUACAUUUGCUGCCGGCUAUUUUGGUUGAUUUGGUGUUAUGGAUUUCAGGUAACAAACCAAUGUAA